AUGGCAACGGGCCUCGAGGUUUGGCUUUGUCUGAGAGCUAUCCGCCCAUCCCUGGCUCUGCUGCCUCGCGAACCGGACCGUUCAUUGUUAAUGGAUGAUUCCGAACGGCAUGUCCGGUGUCCUGUUUUGGCAGGGCAUCGAGACUUGUUUGCCCAAACUGCUUUGCCACGCAGCGGACGGACCGCAUGGGAAAACAGCCGUAUAAGCCUGGUCACGCCGCUGAUUGAUUACCGGCUCUUCGGGCUUAGGCUCGCCAAGCCCGAAGAGCAGCUGCGAUUCAUGGACGAGAUCUCAGAGUCACAACCUUAUGGAAUAGAGGGCUCAGUGCUAAUGCGUCAUGUCAGGGCGAAUGGACCUCUCGGGGGAGGCCAAACUCGGGACAAGGCAGCAACGUGUCUCUCUAUCGCCAGCGUCUCGGAUUUCCUGGGCGACGUGUGCGGCGGCCUCCUGGCCUUCCCAGUGCAUAGGAUUCAGGACUGCUUGUCAAUCUGGGUUGUGCCGGUCCUGGCCGCCAAGCUUAGGGUUAUUAUGACCAAACUUCUACCGUCGUUAAACAUCACAGACACAAGAUCAGAUAGCCUCUUUACAAAUACAUUAUCCGCAAGCCCUUCUGUUACAAUUAUAGUUGAGCCCCGUCCACACGGAUCAGUGUUCCGCGACUGGCACCUUUUGCCCGCCGAUUGGAAAUCUCAAUCCCUGUCCUGCCUGUGA